GGGUGUUUUGUAAUAGCGCAAAUUCGCAGUGAAGUGAAAAAUUAAAUUUCCACUCAAUCGUAAGCUUAUUUUGCUGACAAAAGUGCAUCCGCGUGCUGCCCGCCACGAUGACCGGACGGAAUCGUAACCAGGUGACGAAGCUGGAGACCACUAUAGAGCAGUGUCGCGGCGAAGGUAAAUGGCAGAGGGUGAUCGAGCUGGCCGACGAACUCAAGUCGGGCUAUCCGCAAGUCGAGAGUUUGGCCAACUUCCUGAUGGGAGAGGGCAAGCUGGAAAGCUACCUGGAGGAGUAUCCACCGAUUGAGGAUUAUGUUUUGAAGGCCAGACUGGGGCUGACGGAUGCCAAACGGUAUCUGAAUUCGGUGAUUGGAGAAAGCGGCAAGAAGGCGGGGAUUGCUUUGGACGCGCACCUGCUGUUGGCAAAGCUGUUCUUCGCCUGUGGACAGUACGAUGAGUCGUUGCAGAGUUUUGUGCUGGCCGAGUUGAAUACCCUCUCGGAGAAGCAUCUGUCGCCGCGGAGUAUUAGAAUUCUGGCGGAGUCGUACGCGAUUAAGGGGAUGUGUCUGGAAAAGAAAAGCUCGAAGGCACCGUCGAAGUUCAAGCAAGCCGAGCAGGAUUCGGAGAUGAUAACGUGCUUUGAGCGUGCGGCUGAUUUGGGCAUUCUGUAUCUUCAAGGACAACAGCAUCAGCAGCAAAUGGAUGGGACUAAUCAGGUUGAGGUUCGCCGGAUGGGCGCGGUUCUCGAGACUGGACUGCAACGGGCACCGAUCGUGCUGAUCAAGACAGGGAAGCUGCAGAACGCCAUCGAUCGGUACAGGGUGAUGUUGAAUGCCGUAGAGACGAAGGCAACCCAAACGUUUAGGCAAACGCUGGCGAGACAGCUGGCAGAAGUGCUGCUGAGGGGUGUUUCCGGUACGAUUUAUACACCACCGACGAGCCUGACGGCGGCAAAGAAUGCUGCCAAGGGCAAGAGUUUUUGGGAACCGAAGAAGUAUGCUUCCAGACAGCAGUUCAUUCCAAGGAAUCAACACGAGGAAACCAUUCUGCUGCUGUUGAUUGCGGAAGCUCUGGCAGUGAGGGAUGCCGUGCUUUCGCAGAGUCCGGAGUUCAAGGAAGCGAGGAUUCAUUCGCUGGGGAAUGUCACUGCCGUGUACGAUCUGAUGACCUUGGCGACAGUGCGUUGGAACCAGGUGGGACUGCUGCACGAUUCCCUGGAGAAGGCGUUGAAGUUCGCUUUCGGGGAGAGUCACGUUUGGAAGCAGUACGCUGUGUGUCUGAUUUCCAUGGGAAGGUACAAGCACGCGGUUUGUGCACUGAAAGAGCAUUCAAAACUAGAGCCCCAUGACAGCUUGAGCUGUUUGAUGGCAGCUAGAUUGUGCUACGAACAUCUGGAUCAGAUUAAGGAAGGUUUGGCCUUUGCCGAGCAAGCUUUGAGCAAAGAAAUGAAAGGAUUGAAACGAUCUCGAGCUCAGUUGUACGUUGGCAUAGGUCUGCAGCAGGUCGCAGUGUCUGCAACGCUCGUUUCAGAAAAGGAUCGCUACAAUAAGCUGGCGUUUGAAGCCCUGGAUAGAGCCGUUCUUCAGGAUCCACACGAUCACCUGUCGGAGUACUACCUUGCUUGCCAGCAUGCUUUGAACUACAACAUCACGGAGGCGCUUCUCCAUACCACCAACGCCCUGUCGCUUCGAGCAGAGCACGCUUCCAGUUUACAUCUAUUCGGCCUUCUGCUAACGGCCAAUCGUCGUCCGAAGGAAGCUCUGGCCGUCGUUCAGGAUGCCACCGAAGAAUUCCCGGACAAUCUCAACCUACUGCACGUAAAAGCCCACUUGGAACUGUACCUGAAGGACGUCGAUACGGCCCUGGAAACGGUUCAGCAGAUGCUGUCCAUCUGGCGGGAGGUGUACGAAGUGCAGCUCGCCAAUGCCGGCAGUGGAACGGAACACGAGAACGAGAAAUACUCCGACACGAGAAGUGUCCUGCAGAUGCAAACCUCGCAGAUGUCCGACAAGGACUCCAAUUCGAUCCACGCCGCUUCGCUGGCUGCUUCCCGCAUUGAGCACGCCCUCAGUGAAGCCGCCAGUUCGCUGAGUUCGUUCAAUCCCCGUCCCGGACCGCAGAAGGCGUGGAUGAUGCAGUUCAAAAUCUGGCUGCUGCUGGCUGACGUCUAUCUGGCCAUCGAGCAGCCCAACGAAGCGAUCAACUGCAUCCAGGAGGCGAGUCUGAUCAAUCCCGUGUCCCAUCAGGUCAUGUACAUGCGUGGUUUGAUCCACAUCUACCAGCAGCAGUGGGCUGAUGCGAAGCAGUGCUUCCUGAAUGCCGUCUCGGCUAAUCCGUACCACACGGAUGCUUUGCGAGCUCUGGGUGAAGCUCACCUAACGCUCGGAGAGCCACGACUGGCGGAGAAGACCCUGAAGGAUGCCGCUCGGAUCGAUCCCAACUGUCCGAAGAUUUGGUUCCUGCUGGGUCGCGUGAUGGAAAGCCUGGGUGACUACACGGCUUCUGCCGAUUGUAUGGCCACCGCCCUGCAGCUUGAACCGUCCUGUCCGGUGCUGCCGUUUACGUCAAUUGCAUUGGUGUUUGAAUAAAUGCGCGCGUUAAUCGUUGACUAAUUCUAGAUGCUCUGAGUGGGUAAGGGCUGGAAGCAGGAUUACGAAUCAAAUGUUAAGGGCAGUAAUCGUGGGGAACAGUUAUCAUAGUUACUACACUUGUGUUAUUUGUCAUCACUAAUUGUUAAGGAAUCAAGGUAUCAUUAGAAACAGUACCUUUUACAUUUUCACUAUAUUUAUUCAACUUCUGUGAUUGUUGGUUUAUCGUAUUUAGUGGCAAUUUAGUGUUAGGUGUGUGCAUUUAUCAACUAGGACGAAAUGUAUUAAAUGGGAGCAUAUUAACGGAAAAUAUA